AUGGCACAAGAACUUGUUUACACAUCUACAGAUGAACACGAUGAUGUACAAAAAACAUUCACCAAGUGGCUCAAUGCUCGCUUCACAAAGAGUGGGAAGCCACCAAUCAAGGAUCUGUUUGCAGAGCUGCGUGAUGGACGGAAGCUCUUGGAUCUUCUCGAAGGACUCACAGGAAAACCAUUGACCAAAGAACGUGGCACUACCAGGGUCCAUGCUCUCAACAACGUCAACAGAGUGCUGCAAGUGCUACACCAGAAUAAUGUGGAGCUGGUAAAUAUUGGGGGAACGGAUAUUGUAGAUGGAAAUCACAAAUUGACACUUGGGCUGCUCUGGAACAUCAUUCUGCACUGGCAGGUCAAGGAUAUAAUGAAGGCUAUUAUGUCGGAUCUGCAGCAGACGAACAGUGAGAAAAUACUGUUGAGCUGGGUCCGCCAGUCAACCCGACCCUACAAACAAGUCAACGUCCUGAAUUUUACAACCAGCUGGGCAGAUGGACUUGCUUUUAAUGCCAUUCUCCACAGGCACAGACCAGGCUUGUUCAGCUGGGAUAAAGUUCUGAAGAUGUCUACUGUGGAACGGUUGGAUCUCUUUAAUUUAGCCAAAAGUCAUCUGGGGAUAGAAAAACUUCUGGAUCCUGAAGAUGUUGCUGUUUCACUUCCCGACAAGAAAUCCAUUAUCAUGUAUGUAACCUCUUUGUUUGAGGUGCUUCCUCAGCACGUUACUAUGGAGGACAUCCGUGAAGUGGAGACUCUGCCGAGGCAAUACAAAACGGAAUGUGUAGACAGUAAGCUACACAGUCAGCAGAACGUGAUCUCUGAAGAAAAGAGACUGAGCUCUCGGGCAGAAACACCCAGCACAGUAACUGACGUGGAGGUGGAUUUGGACAGUUACCAGGCUGUCCUGGAGGAGGUUCUAACCUGGCUAUUAUCAGCUGAGGACACCCUUCAGAUGCAAGAGGACAUUUCCUCUGAUGUUGAAGAGGUUAAGGAGCAGUUUCACAUUCACGAGGCGUUUAUGAUGGAGCUGACAGCACACCAAAGCAGUGUGGGGAAUGUGCUUCAGGCUGGAAAUCAGCUCAUCGCACAGGGCAAUCUGACAGAAGAGGAGGAGAAUGAGAUCCGAGAGCAGAUGACACUUCUGAAUUCCCGAUGGGAAAACCUGAGAGUUGACAGCAUGGACAGACAAGCCAAACUUCAUGAAGUAUUAAUGGAAUUGCAGCAACAACAGCUGCAGCAGCUCUCAGACUGGUUGACUCUGACAGAAAAACGUAUUCAAAAGAUGGAAGUGCAGUCCUUGGGAGAUGACUUGGAGUCCUUCAGACAGCAGAUUGAUGAGCAUAAAACACUGCAGAGUGAUCUGGAGUCUGAGCAGGUGAAGGUCAACUCUCUGACACACAUGGUUGUGGUAGUAGAUGAGAACAGUGGGGAGAGUGCAACAGCUGCCCUAGAGGACCAGUUACAGUCACUGGGUGAGCGCUGGGCAGCUGUUUGCCGCUGGACUGAAGAGCGAUGGCGUCUGCUCCAGGAUAUUCUCACGAGGUGGCAGGAUCUAUCAGAGGACCAGUUGCUGUUUGAAGCCUGGCUGACUGAGAAGGAAGAUGCUCUCACGAAAGUGCAAACCAGCAACUUUAAAGAUCCGAAUGAGAUCCGAGGAAGCAUACGAAGUCUGGCACAUCUGAAGGAAGAGCUGGAAGUGAAUCGUCAAAUAUUGGAGCGCCUGGGCAAGCUUGCCCAAGACCUGGGGGAAAUGCUCUCUGACGGCAGUUCAGCGGACAGAAUCGAAAGUGAUAUUGAAGAGAUCAACCAACGAUGGGACAAUCUGGUCCAGCAACUGGAAGAUUACUCCAACCAGGUAUCUCAGGCAGUCGGAAUGUUCCAAGUUGAUUCCAGUAGCGUCCUGGAAACGGUAACUUCCAAAGAAAGAGUAAUUGGGAAACAGGAAUUGCCUCCUCCCCCACCACCUAAGAAAAGACAAGUUCAGAUAGACACUGAAGAGAAGAAAAAGUUUGAUGUUGAGGCCAGCGAGCUUCUGCAGUGGAUUAGAAAAUCGACACCGAUGAUCCAAGCCAUGACAUUCAAAGAGCUCAGGAAGAAGAGAGACACUUCUGACUUGAAGGAAAAGAUGAAGGCUCUGAGAAAAGGGAAGACAGAAAAUGAAAGUAAACAGAGAGAAAUGGAUCUGGUUUUCCAGAUCCUGAUAGGACAGAUGGAGAAAGAAGGACUGUCAGCCGAGGAAGUGAAGCAUACACAGGAGAAAGUGUCAGAGGAGUGGAAAGACUGUUGCCAGCAAAUAGACGAGCUGCAAAGUAGGAUCCAGGAUCAAGAAAAGAUUAACAGCAUUUAUGAAGAGCUUCAAGAGCUUGAAAAGACUCUAAAAUCCAGAGAAGACUGGCUUAAGAAUAUGGACAGAGCUGCAACAGGACAGGAUGUGAGCAAGACCAAAGAGUCCUGUCAGCAUGAAUUGGACCGCUUGAUGGUUCUAGCUCCCCGCUUGGAAAAACUAAUAACCGGUGGACAGGCGCUGGGUGCAAAGCCAAGUUUCCUUCAAGAAGAUCUCGAUCGAUUUUCUCAUCGUUUCAAUUCUGUCCUGGAACAACUGCAGAACAAGAAGCAGCAGCUUUUAGCACUGGAAGGCUCUCAGAGUCAGCAGUACCAAGAUGUUGUGAAGGAAAUGAAAGCGUUGUUGGAUCGGACCGAGCCCCACAUUAGGUCUGAGCUGAGCACAGUGAGAAUGGAGACUGCUGAGAGCGCACUGAAGCAAACAAAGAUUCUCCAGGAUGAAUUGGAAAACCAUCAGCCAGAAAUGGACCAACUGGCCUCAGAGACGCAGAGACUGGAGGAAGUGCCGGAUGCCAGCAAGACAGACCGCCUGGAAUUUGAUGGGGUUCAGGCACAGUGGACAAAGCUGCUGAUGAAAUUGCGGGAGAACACUCAGGUGCUGGAGGAUGUGGUAUUGAAAGUGCAGCAAUUUAAGAAAAAUGCUAAUGCUGCCCAGACUUGGAUGGACAGUGCAGAUGAGUUCCUGUCCCGGAUCACCUCAGAACUAGGAAGCCCAGAGGAGCUCCAGAGGCAGCUAGAACAAUGCACGACGUUUGCGAAUGAAAUCCAGACCUUCCAGUCCAAUCUGACGUCAAUGAGUGAGAUAGAAGAGUCGCUGAAAAAGCAGCCGGUUCCAGCCAUUUCUACAGCCAUCUGGUCCAGCCUGGUAGAUAGUCAGGCACGUUGGGAAAAAAUCAUCAAUCAGAUUGUGGCUCAACGAGCAAAGUUGACUGAAGGUCAGGAGAAGACUUUGAACCUGAGGAAAGACCUUACAGAGAUGCGUGAGUGGAUAGCUCAGGCUGAAGAGGAAUAUUUAGAGAAGGAUUUUGAGUAUAAGUCGCCAGAAGAGUUGGAAACUGCUCUGGAGGAUAUGAAGCGGGCGAAAGAGGAUGUGCUGCAGAAGGAGGUGCGAGUGAAGAUUCUGAAAGACAAUAUCAUUGUGUUCAGUAAGAAAGCGCCAUCUGGUGCUCAGGCGUGGAUGUCCAGGGAGUUGGAUUUGGUGUUGGAAAAUUACAAAAGGCUUUGCACUCGGAUUCAGGGGAAGGUCUAUACUUUGGAGGAAGUGUGGUCUUGCUGGUGCGAGUUGCUCCAAUACUUGGAUCUAGAGAACAACUGGCUGAACAGUCUGGAGGAGAAACUGCACAUUGCGGAGAACGUCCCCGACAACAUUGAAGCCGUGAAUGAAGCCCUUGAGUCACUUGAAUCUGUGCUGCGCCACCCAGCUGAUAAUCGAACGCAGAUCCGUGAGCUGGGCCAGACGUUGAUUGAUGGUGGAAUUUUGGAUGAAAUCAUAAGUGAAAAGCUGGAGGCAUUCAACGCUCGAUAUGAAGAGCUCAGUCACCAGGCUGUUAGCAAGCAGAUCUCACUGGAGCAGCAUUUACAAACCUCUCGAGAAAACGAGCAAUUAAUCCGAGACUUGCAGGAGUCACUGGGACGUCUAGAUAAACAGCUAACAUCAUACCUGACGGACAGGGUAGAUGCUUUACAGCUUCCACAGGAAGCCCAGAAAAUUCAGACAGAUAUUGCCGCACACGAGACCAACUUGGAGGAGAUGAAGAUGAGAAAUGUGGGCACCUCGCCUUCACUGGAGAUCAAGCCCUUUAUCCGUGGUGGCACUCAGUUGGAUUUACUUCAGCGGAAGUUUCGGGAAGUAUCGACAAAAUUCCAGCUUUUCCAAAAACCAGCAAAUUUUGAGCAGCGAAUGUUGGAUUGCAAACGUGUGUUGGACAGCGUCAAAGCAGACCUGCCUGUGUUGGACCUGAGGAGUGUUGAGCCAGACAAAAUUCAAUCCCAGUUGGAUGAUUGUAUGAAACUCUACAAAACUCUGAGUGAGGUGAAGCUUGAGGUGGAGACUGUGAUAAAGACUGGGCGACAGAUUGUUCAGAAACAACAAACCGACAACCCAAAACUAAUGGACGAACAGCUAACGGCCUUGAAACUCCUGUACAAUGACCUUGGAGCUCAGGUGACUGAAGGGAAACAGGAUCUAGAAAAGGCCUUUCAGCUGUCCCACAAGUUGAACAAUGAGGCAGAGUCCCUUUCAGAGUGGCUGGCAUCUACAGAGGCUGAAUUGAAACAGAAAUCGUCUGCAGGGAACAUACCCUCUAACUUGGAUUCAGAAAUUGCAUGGACUCGACUAAUUCUGAAAGAUCUGGAAUCAAAGAAGGCUGAACUGACAAAGAGUAGUGCUGCACUGCAGGGGCUGGUAGAAGGCAGUGAGCUUGAUCUGGAGGACAAUCUCUGUGCACUGAACACGAGCUGGAGCAGGGUCCGCAUGCUGGCAGAGGGGUGGUGCAGCACAUUGCUGGAUCAUCAGAACCAGAUGGAAAACUUUGAUCAAAAUGUUGCCUACAUAAGCACCUGGCUCUACCAAACCGAAAUUCUGUUGGACGAAAUUGAUAAGGAGUCAACUGGUGAAAGGGAGGAAACACUUAAGCGGCUUCAGUCUGAGCUGGAUGACGUCAGCCUGCAGGUCGAUAACGUACGCGAUCAAGCAGUUUCCCUCAUGAACAGUCAUGGUGAUUCCUGCCGCGAAGUGGUGGAACCAAAGCUCAUCGAACUCAACCGUGACGUUGAGAAGGUGUCUCAACACAUCAAAUCGGCAAAAAUGGCGGCAGCAACACGCAAUGCUGUGAGCUAUGAAAACGGCUUCAGACCAGUUCUUAAGAGUGACAACCAGGUGUCAUUUGAGAUGGAUCACUUUGAAGCUGACCUGCAAAGCAAAAUGGAUCAAUUGGAGAGAUGGCUGCACUUAAGAGACAAAAUGCCAAGUGAUGAAAAGAUGGAUGAAGAGGAAGCAGAUAUAGAGAACAUCCUACAGAAAGGCGAGCAGAUACUGCAGAUAACAGACGACGAUGGCAAGCGGAAGCAAAUCCAUAAAAAACUUACCCUUCUACAAACCCAGUACAAUACCAUUAAGGAGGUGAAAUUGAUGCAGAGGAAGCAAGGAGGAGAGCUGUCACCUGGGUGGUACCAGUACAGAGGACAGAAAGACAACCUCCUACAAUGGCUGGAUGGCUUUGAGCUACAACUGUUGGACUUGGAUGGAUCAGAUGAUGAAAAAAAGUUACAAGAACUAACCCAGAAGUUUGAAGAGCGCAGAGGGGAAUUCGCUGCGCUGCAAAUGAAGGGCCAGAGUCUGGCUUGUCAUGGAGCCUCCCCAGAAAAAGAGAGCAGCCGUGUGGACAUGCGCUGGCAUCAGAUAGAGUCCCAGUUUGUUACUUACCAACAGCUGCAUUUAAAGAGCCCGGAACGAGAACAAAACCAGGAAGUGAUAGUCGUUACACAGGCAGUACUGGAAUAGGAUCACAGUUCUUCCCAUCUUACCUUUUGGAUAUUAACAAGGCAUUACUAGCUAUGGCGGAUAUUGAACUGCUUUUGAAUUCACCGGAGCUGAACAGUGAAAGUAUGAGGAUUUCUCAAGUCAAGAAGAUUCCCUCAAGAAUAUAAAGGAAACAUUGGAAAAGCUUGGAGAACAGAUCGAGAAUGUCCACGAAAACCAGCC